UGGACAGCUCCCAAGCUAGCAAUGUGUUAACGACGGGCUGCUUGUAGGCAGGUUUCUAUGGCAUUACCUGACGAUUUUCUUUCUUUAACCUAGUAUUUGGUUUCCACUGCGUUUAUUUUUCCCCACUUCUGUCUUGUAUUAAACUGGAUUUAACGCAUCCUAUUUUGUUACUUCAUUUGGCAAUUUUUGGUACCAUUUUCUGCGUUUUGUCGUUAAUAUGAGCGCACUUCUCGCGUUUUAAAGGAGUUCGGAUCUCGCUGGUGAAGCGCCUAUAGCGGAACAUGCUUCUUUGGUCAUGUUGCAUUGUUUUGCAAAGCUGCAACUACGACGGCAAACGACGUUUUCGGUAAAUAACAGAGCGGCGGGGGUGCUUUUACUUCUCGCUUAAUUCGUGUCCAGCAGGAUUGGAUUUAGGAGCGAGAGCGGGGUCAUUUGUUGCCAAGCGUGUCAUCCUGCAGAACACAGGACUCGCUGACAUGGAUGGAGAGGAAUUUGCAGCGGAGAGAUCGCUGUGUGAAUGUGAAAGGCUGCGCAUCUGCUCUGGAAUCUGAAAGCACAGGGAAUCGAGACUGCACGCCAGCCCCUCCUCCCCGCAAAUCAUCUCCUUUUCGGCUUUUCCUUCCUUCGUAAAUCUUCCAUAACCCGGUGCGGCGAAGGAACGGUUCCUCGCACACACAAAUAUGGGAAAAGAGGAAUGCAAAACACUAUUGGAUGCGCUGAACAAAGUGACCGCCUGUUACAGACACCUGGUGGUCGCUGUCGGGGGCACCUCGGACUCCCAGAACCUGCGGGAAGAGCUGAAGAGGACCCGGAAGAAAGCGCAGGACCUCGCCGUGGCCAACAGGAACAAACUGACCGCUUUGCUCAAGGAUAAGACGAUCAACAAGGAGGACCGCGCCGAGUACGAGCGCCUGUGGGUGAUAUUUUCGACAAGCAUGGAACUGCUGGAGCUCGAUAUGAAGAAGGCGCUGGAAAUCGGGCAGGAGUUUCCUCUCCACGUCCCCAAGAGACACCUCAUCCAGACGGGGAUGUGUGGUAGUACGUCCGGAGUCGCUGCCCGCGCCAUGAGCACGCAGAACAUGAAGUACGAAGCGGACAGCAAUAUCGACGUAGUGGACUUGAAAGAGCUGGAGCAUGAGAUCAGCCAGGUGGGCGAGAUGAUGGAGGAGAUGGAGAUGAAGGUAAACGUUGCCCACUGGAUGGUGGAAGCGAAGCAGGACCCCGGGGCCGAGCUGAAGUCUACGAUCAGCGUCGGGGCGUCGUCCAUCGGGGUGAUUUCGGUCAACGAGGAAAACAAGUCCCCGUGCGACCCCACCAAAAUCCUGGCAGGGGUGGUAUUCACCGCUGUCUUGUUCGUUGCAAUUGUUUUGGCGCUUUGUGUCAUUAAACUCUCAUAAAAAGGCUUUUCAUUGUCCAUCACGGGGGGCUUGAAAACCACACUGGUGUAGGUAAGGAGGGCGCACUUCGCUGACAGUUGCUUUAUGCGAGAUCUGCAUGUCGCCAGGCCAAGGAAUGAGCUUCUGCGAACUUAAAGACGACUGGUUCUGAAUGUAAAAACAAAACUUCAGAAGCUUUCCAAAGAACCAACGGAUUUAUCGCUAAUAAUAAUUUGGAUAUGUUCAUACAUUUCAAGGUCUCUCUGAUUCUUUAAUAGUCGUGGAAUGUGAGUGAUACUGAAAUGAAUGUUAAAAUAGUGUUUUUUGAUAAUACCAUGUUUCGAAGAAAGCAAGGUCUGGGGGCGAGUAAAGAAUUGUAGCCUGUACUGUAUACUGUAUACGUGCAACUUACAAGCGAAUGGACUCGCAGCUCCAAAAAAUUAAAUCGUUUCUGAGGGGAAAAAACAAACGCUGGUAGCAGCCGAUCUUAACGUUUUAUAACGUGGAAAUUAUCGGAGUAUUAGCCGGUAGGAUUAGCCUAAGCCGAUCUAUAAAUAAAUGUCUGUUUCUGCAUAAAGCCUCUAACUUAUAUAUAGGAAUAAUAGGUUUAUUCCAUGCUGAAAAAAAGAAGAAAAACAACGUCUCGGGCGUGGAGUCUUCUUCAGGUGUGAGCAAACUUGUAUAUAGGCUGUGGAAACUGCUAGUUCACUUAUUGCGACGGGUUGUGCACAGAAUGGAUAAUUUGGCGUCUUUGUUGCAUAACUAAAUCCAACCAUCUUAACUGCGCGAAUUCCCAUUCCUGUACUUCAUUUCCAUGCCGAGAAUAAGAUAUUAGUUAUUUUUUACUUUUUCAGUAUUCCCAAGUAUAAUUCACAGUGUGUUUUCAACACUGUAUACCUUUUCAUAUCGUGAACGCACAGGUGUGAUCACUUAACUGCUCAUAACUGCAAGACUUGUAUACAGAAUUUGUACAUAAUAUAUUCCUGUAUUAAACACUGUACAUACAACGAAGUAUAUUUAUAAUAAACAAUAUUGAAUAUCACAACCCGCUGAUUAUAUAUCGUUCGUCUCCAUUUAAACCCAUCCUAUAAGUGUAAUGAAGUAGUUUGUGACGUUAAAAUGACCUGGAUAUGAAUCUUGUUUAUAAACACUAAUCAAACAUACCCUUGCUAAAGCUAUAGCGAGUGUUGACAAUAUUAUUAAACUGUAGAAUAAA